CCCACAGUUCUUCACAGCUGGGAACACUGCUGGACUUCCCCUUUUGACUGCUUUUCGGUUGUUGAUAGAUGCUGUCUGCAAGGGUGCUUUUCCCCCCUUGCAAAUUGUCCACUGAAGUCAAGUCGUGUAACUGGAAGAUCACUCUGUUCUGGGGAGGAUAUAAAAGUUUCCGCCCUCACCUCCUCUGUUUGGCUUUCCCUUCUACCAGAGGAAGAAAUAAUCUUUGCUAUCUACUUCUCUCCCUGCUGCCCAGAAGAACACUUCAAGGUGAUGGGUAAUGAGUCCCGGCUUGCAGAUUUGGACCCCAAGUCAAUUACGCGUGAAAAGCUGGUGGAGACUGAAGGAAUCCCUUUGCUGGAGAGUACUGUGAAGAACUGGGAUUCCCUCUGGGGCUUUAAAGCUCGGCCUGAUGACCUUCUCAUUUCCACUUACCCCAAAGCAGGGACAACCUGGAUCCAAGAAAUUGUGGACAUGAUCCAACACGGAGGAGACAGACAGAAAUGUGCCCGGGGGCCCAUCUACCAACGGCAUCCCUUCAUAGACCUGUCUCCUCCGAACGUACCCACGGGCGUGGAAGAGGCGGAGGCGAUGCCCUCUCCGCGCACGCUCAAAACUCACCUCCCGGUCCAGCUGCUGCCGCCUUCCUUCUGGGAACACAACUGCAAGAUCAUAUAUGUUGCCAGGAAUCCCAAGGACAACGCAGUUUCCUACUUCCACUUCUGCCGCAUGAACCAGGGGAUGCCAGAGCCGGGGAACUGGGACCAGUUUCUGGAGGAUUUCCUUGUUGGGAAGAUCACCUGGGGAUCUUGGUUUGACCACGUCCGUGGUUGGUGGGAGGCUAAGAAGCGUCACCCGAUCCUCUACCUGUUUUUUGAAGAUAUGAAAGAGGAUCCAGCCCGGGAAAUCCGGAAAGUAGCCCAAUUCCUGGGCCUACAGCUCUCGGAUGUGGUUCUGAACCGGACUGUGGAGCAUACGAAGUUUGAGACCAUGAAAGCUAACGCGAUGGUGAAUUACAGCACGCUUCCUGCUUUCUUAAUGGACCAAGCUGUGUCACCCUUCAUGAGAAAAGGCACUGUGGGAGACUGGAAGGAGCACUUCACGGUGGCUCAAAGUGAACGGCUGGAUGACAUCUAUAUCCAGAAACUGCAGGGCAGUGACUUGACUUUCCGCACCCAGUUAGAAACAUAACUCUGCGCUUCUCACCAAGAAGACAUCCACCAAAACACACAAGGGUGGUUUUUUCCCCUUUUUCCUUUAAUGAAAAAAGCCCUGAAGCCACAAGCAAAGGGAGGGGGGGAAACUUGACAUAUGCCUUUUUGUAUUCCUCUGGUAAACAGGCUCACAAGGUCUCUUGCUCUAAUUUAAUCCACUGAAGGACACCAAACAAAGCUCCUGCAUUUGUCAUCUUGGCAUAUGGAGGGGCAAAGGUCAGAGUGUUUCGUCACAGACUGCCAGGACUCCUGGGUUCUCCACUGGCAAACAUGGCUUCGGCAGGGAUGGACAAGCUGCAGCAGGUCCAUGCAGCCCUCUGCCUAAUUUCAAAAGCCCUUUGCAUUUGAUCAGAUCAGACCUCUUGCAAGAGUGAACUAUCCCUUCUGUGGCAACUUACUCCGUGGGAGGGAAGGGGGGAGGGAGAGAAAGAGAGAGAGAGAGAAAAGGGUGGCAGAAAGUGAGAGAAAAGGGGUGACCCGCCCUCUUUUGCCUCUGGCUCUGCCCAUGGCUGGUUUCGGCCCUGCUCACCAGUGACAUGUGGUCCCCGACAGUUUUACCCGUGAGGGAAUGUGGUCCUUUACGGGGGGGGGGGGAGGGAAAGGUUGCCCAUCCCUGAUUUAGGGGGCUGAAGUAAGUGGGGGAUGGAAAUCAGGGGUUCUUUGGCAACUGAUGUCAUGCAAUACCUCUACACAAACACACAAUUAUUUCCACACAGGGUUAAACCUGAAACAGGCAAUCAAAAUGAUCAAAGGGCUGGAGCAACUCCCCUAUGAGGAAAGGUUAUGACGCUUGGGCCUUCUUAGCUUAGAAAAAAGGCAAGUAAAGUGGGGACAUGAUAGAAGUUGCAUAAUUAUGGCUGUGGAUAGCAAGAUAUUUUCUCCCCUUCUCUUAAUAGUAGAAACCAGGGGUCAUCCCAUGAAGCUGAACGAUGGGAGAUUAAGGAGAGAGAACGGGAAGGACUCAUUUGCACACAGUGCCUAGUUACACUUUGCUUCGACAAGAUGGAGUGGUGGCCACCAAGAUGAAGUGGUGGCCAGCAAGAUGGAGUGGUGGCCACCAACUUGGACAGUUUUAAAAGGGGAUUAGACAAAUUUAUGGAGGGUGAGGGUUUCAGUGGCUACUAGUCAUGAAUGCUGUACAUUACUGCCUUCAGUCUUGGAAGCAGUAUGCCUCUCAAUAACAGUUGCUAGGAAAUACAGCGAGUGCUAUUGCUUUUCUGUCCUGUUUUUAGGCAUCCCAUUGGGGCAUCUGGUUGGCCACUGUGGGAACAGAAUUCUGGCCUAGAUAGGCCCUCGGUCUGAACCAGGACAACUCCUGUGUUCGUAUACCAUAAAAACCCCAGGUCUGCCAUCAGUAGAAGCUGGUGGUUCCGAUUUCAGUAGGGUGGAAAUCCAUUCUGGGUUUCACUCUGAAACAGGCAGAACUCUAGCUAUUCAAGGUGCUGAAACCCAUCCCCAAAAUAGGGGCAUGGAUUUUAUAUAUGGAGGAGAGGCCUCGUUUCCAGAGCUUCCUUUAAAUUCCUUAUCCAGUGGAAUAGGCGUGUUUGCCGAGCGGUCCAGUGCAUGGGUAGGCCAAUGUCCAGACUAGGGCAGGGAUAAAGAGGGAAAGGCACCAUAAAAUGGAACCAGUUACCUAGGGAGGUGGUGGCCUCUAUCACACUAGAGGCAUUCAAGAGGCAGCUGGACAGCCAUCUGUCAGGGAUGCUUUAAGGUGGAUUCCUGCAUUGAGCAGGGGGUUGGACUCAGUGGCCUUAUAGGCCCCUACCAACUCUACUAUUCUAUGAUUCUAUGAACUGGUGUCACGACACAGGACUCCCACACCAGGCCUUGACGCACACAAACCCUCCUCAAGCCAAGCGCCACCACUUGAACAACCUGAGGGUAGGGUAAAACGCAACCUUUCCCUCAUAUGAGAGGGUAAAGGCUAGAAUCUGAAAAGGUUUUACUGUGUAUGUAAUAAGCUGAAGAUUAUAUAUAAGGUGUUUACGAUAGUAUCUGUAGAGCCGGUGAUAAAGCCAAGAAGACACGUGGU